UUGGGUUCUUAUCGAUUCACUGCAAUCUCUCCUCUUGUAAGUUCUCUAACAAAAUAUGAGCUGCUUUCCAAGUAAUAGACGCCUUAUUGUUUCCCUGCUGUUUCUCCUGGUUUCAAGCUUGUCCAAAGGUACAUUCAUGGCUGCAGAGGGAAGGUCACUUGAUGUUGCUGAGAAGGGAAUGAAAGAAGAGAAGAGAACGGUGAUGAGGAACGUGAUAGGGUCAAGGCCACCGACUUGCGAGAGAAGGUGCAGUUGGUGCGCACACUGUGAGGCAAUUCAAGUUCCUAUUACCACACAGUUCCAGAACAGAAGAAGCCCACAUUUAUCCGUUCCGUACUCGAGAGGCAAUGAUGUCUCCAAUUACUAG